AUGAAAGAAAAUUCCGGAGAACGUAAGGGUUGUUCAUAUAAGGAGUUUAUGGCGUAUAAACCGCCAAUUUACAACGGGGAAGUUGACCCGAUAAUAUGCCAAAGAUGGCUAAGUGAUGUCGAAGGGGUGUUUGAAUGGACCCACUGUGACGUGAGCGAUUUUGUGGCUUACGGAACGGGUCAGUUGAGGGGUCAAGCCAAGGACUGGUGGGAUAACAAAAAGAGAGAGAUUGGAGCCGAAGCGGCAAGGGUCAUGACAUGGGAUGAGUUUAAGGUACCAUUCCUUAAACAUCACAGUCCCAAGGCGGUUAUCCACAGGAUCAAGGAAGAGUUCUUCCAGUUAAGGCAAAGGGGUGAAACGAUUGAUAAAAUCACGGGUAUAUUCAUGGAUAAGCUGAGGUUCUGUGAUGAGUUAGUGACUACAGAGGAGCAGAAAAUAUAUUAUUAUUAUAAUAUGUUAAGCGCUGAGUACCGAGAGUUCAUGACCCCUUCCAAGUAUGAGACGCUCACCGAGAUCAUAAAUAUGGCUCGGGAGAGAGAAAUCGAACAUAAAAAGCAAAUGAAACGGGGUGAACGAAGGGUAGUGGAAGUUAACCCGAGCCCUACAAAGAAGGCUGGAACAACUGAGUCGGUGAAGAAGACGGAUGCGAAGGUUUAG